AUGAGUGACGACGAGGAACAAAUAGGAAACGGAAGUGCUUUUGACGGUGGUACUUUCAACGAAAGCGAGGACAACGAUGCCCCUAUGGACGACCGACUCGAAGAUGAUGGAGAUGGUGGAGCGGAUGAUGGACUGGACGUCACAGGAGAGCGAGAGGAUAUGAUAGUAGAAGGUGGGGAUAUGGUGGUCUCGACAGGCACGGCUCCAUCAGAACGCGUCACGACGCGCUACCUAACAAAAUACGAACGAGCACGCGUACUGGGAACAAGAGCUCUUCAAAUCAGUAUGAAUGCACCAGUCAUGGUGGACCUUGAUGGUGAAACUGAUCCUUUGAGAAUUGCUGAGAAAGAAUUGCGAGAAAGAAAAAUCCCUAUUAUUGUUCGACGAUACCUACCCGAUGGAAGUCACGAAGACUGGAGUAUCGACGAAUUGAUUGUGGAUUAA